AAUAUUAUACCGUCGUAUGUAUGUAUGUUGGAGCCCUAACCAUAACAAUCACUAGCGCAAUCGGAGAUGUAAAUCAAAACAAGAACGGACAAAGAAACAACCAGUUGUCCGGUGUACGGCUAUUGGAUACCACUAAACGAAGUGAUUAAUCAUCAAAAUUUAAUGAUUACUUAAUUAAAAAAUUUAUCAAUUUAUUUAAAGACUGCAAAUUGAAAAAUAAUAAUAAGUUUUUUUUGUUCAUUGAUUAAUGAUUAACCAUUGAUUAAUUACUAAAGUAAUGUCAAAUACAAUAAGUUAACAUGUGAAGUGAACAUAGCGGAAAUGAAUUGCAGCACCUUUGUUGUUCUUGUUCUUGGGUCCAUAUGUGUUGCUUUUACAAUACAGGCGACAGAUUUCCAAGAGAACCUAAUAAAUGGAUACCGCACCCUCAUCGCGGAUAUCCAGCUUAGGACGCAAAAGUCCCGCGAGGACAUGGACACCCUAGUGUCGCAGAUCAAGCUGCUGAUGAAGAACGAAGCAGACAAGGCCAUCAACUAUAUGACGGUGUAUCUUGAACAGAUAUCUCUAUAUUUUCAGGUAAUAAUUCACGAUCGCAAACCCCGGAACGGCACUUACUGUAAGGAGAGCAUUGUUAAAUUACUGGGAGAGAAUCUGCAGUUGGCUGAUGAAAAUGUUACGCUAUGCUUAGCUCUGGGCUAUCAGCGAGUACAACGUUUACCAGAGAAAUUACAAGUACACUUUGAAACAUUGGAGAAUCUCAAGAAAUAUUCGGCGUCGAAAUUAUUCGAGUGUCAGAAACAACAACAAGUGGGUGGCAACUGCUCUCACGAGAGUCAAGACCUUGAAAGGACUGUGUUUUUGUACGAAACAUCGCCAUUCCCAGUAGUGAUGUCUGAGAUAGCAAUACACGGCUUCAAAGAGGUGUCCGACCUAAGUGUCUGCCUCAAAGACAUCAUCUCGCGGAUGAUGACACAUUCAGUGAAAGUCAUCGGGGACUUCAAUAGAUGCAUUCACAACAUUGAAAUGCCAAAACUCAAGUAUCUGCUGAAGUUUAUGAAGAAAUAUGCCCGGUAAGAAUUGUAUGCUAAUUUCGUUUUUAAAAUUAAACUGAAAUAAAUAACAAAAUUUUGUUUGGGAUUAGUUUAACUAAGUGAUUGUUUUAGUUUUGUUACAAUUAUUUAAGUAAACCAAUGA